UCUGUGUUUGGUCUGUUUGGGAAGUGGUUGGACACGGAGCUCAAACGACACUCAGAGAUGGAGGCAUUGUACCAGGUGCUCGGGCUGGAGUGGUUAGAUUAUAGGAGCAUUUUGAUAUUUCUAUUCCUUUUUGCCCUUUUUGCCGAUAUUGUGAAAUACUGGCGGCCUGAAGACUAUCCUCCUGGACCGUGGCCGAUUCCUUUUAUUGGAGACAUACCCCGCAUUAAACCUUCAACAAUUCACCUGGAUUUCGCACAGUUUGCAAAGAAGUAUGGGAACAUCUUCAGCCUUCGUUUGUUUGGGGGGAACAUGGUUGUCAUAAACGGAUACAAACUUGUGAAAGAGGCUCUGGCGGUCAGAGGAGAGGACUAUAUCGACCGGCCCACCUUACCUAUUUUCGAAGACCUGAUUGGGAAUUCAGGUCUUGUGGUAUCCAAUGGCUACUUAUGGAAGCAGCAGAGACGGUUUGCUCUUCACACUCUCAGAAACUUCGGUCUGGGCAAAAAGUCUCUGGAACCUGCCAUUCAACAGGAGUGCCAGUAUCUGGCAGAGGCUUUAGAGCAACAGAAAGGUGAACCUUUUAACCCUCGCAUAUUUUUAAACAAGGCUGUGUCAAAUAUCAUCUGCUGUUUGGUGUUUGGGGAACGUUUGGAGUACAACAACAAGGAGCAUCAGAAGAUUUUGAUUGAUUUCAAAGAGCUUGUGGAAGUAGAAGGCAGUGUGUGGGUCCAGAUCUACAAUGUCGCCCCCUGGCUGAUGAAGAGGCUCCCUGGACCUCAACAAAGAAUUUUCACUCUGACUCAAAACAUAAUCAACUACGUUCAAGUUAAGAUUGACAAACACAGAGAAACCCACGACCCAUCCAACCCACGAGACUAUAUCGACUGCUUCCUCUCAGAAAUAGCUGAGAAAGAAGACAAAGAGGCUGGGUUUGAUCUGAAGAAUUUAAGCAUUUCCGCCAUGGAUUUGUUUGUUGCUGGCACAGAGACCACCACAACAACACUGACCUGGGCAUUGCUGUUUGUGACUUACCACCCCCACAUCCAAAAGAAGGUCCAGGCUGAGAUUGAUGCUGUGGUGGGCUCGUCUCGCCUGCCCUCGCUGCAGGACAGAGACGAUCUGCACUACACCAAUGCAGUGAUCCAUGAGGUGCAGAGGAUGGGGAACAUAAUUCCUCUCAAUGUGGUGCACAUGACCACCAAAAACACCACUCUGGAGAAUUACACCAUACCCAAAGGUGUGAUGGUUGUUGGUUGCCUAGACUCUGUGCUGAAUGACUCAACGAUGUGGGAAACACCCGACACCUUCAACCCUGGACACUUCCUGGAUGAAAAUGGGAAAUUUAGGAAGAGAGAGGCUUUCCUCCCCUUUUCUAUCGGUAAGCGUGUGUGUCUGGGUGAACAGUUGGCUCGGAUGGAGUUGUUCCUGUUCUUCUCGGGGCUCCUGCAGCGCUUCACCUUCUCUGCACCUAAGGGAGAGCCCCUCACUAUGGAGGCGGACAUGAGCUUUGUGCGCGCUCCAAAGCCCUACCGCCUGUGUGCCAAACUGAGAUAAUCUGUUUCAAAAUCACCACCAUGCACAGGCAUUUUACUCAAUCAAACUACAAUCAAGACGUAAAGUGAAUUUAAGAAAACCAUGAGUAACUCUGAAGUAGGCCAAUCCGAAACUGUCACAGGACAAAUUUAGGUUGAAGCAAUAUCGCAAUUUUAAAUGUGCACAUUGGUGGUAGAAUGUCUUUGGAUGGGAGUGUAAUUUUGGAGGAUUCAUCAAAAAAGUAUUAGUUUUUUGUGCAAGUGUGAGUGAAAAUUACCAUAGCAGACAAUUACUGACAAGGUAAAUAUGUUUUCGAUGAUGUGAUGAGGUGUAGAGCUGUGAGAAGUGUCCAAAUGCACACUCCAACAGCAGAACAUGUGAUACUCUGACAGACCUCAGAAUAGGACCUUAUUUUAUGUUGUUUUAGACAAUAAAA